CUCCUUAUCCAUUCUCCUUCACUAAUUUCCUUCACUCUCACCACUACCAAAUCAACACUGUUCCACCAAUCAAUUAAGCCAAAGAAAUCUGAGCUUGAAUUCCCUCAAAUUGUUGCAAUGGCAGAAGCAGUGGUGUCGAUGGCUCUAGAAACCUUGCGCGAUUUGUUGAAAGAAGAACAAAUCACAAUGAUACUCCUAUUCUCAAUAACUCUCCCAAUAAUCUUGAUCUUUUAUCUUCUCCACAAAACCAAAACCCCACCAAAAACCCCUCAUCUCCUACCGGGCCCGCCGCCCCUGCCGUUGAUCGGAAACCUCCACCACCUCGCCGCCGCCCCAAACCUUCACCUCUACCUCCACCAACUCACCAAAAAAUAUGGUCCCAUUAUCCACAUGAAAUUAGGUCCAAUUCCUCUCCUAGUAGUUUCCUCACCAAACUUAGCCAAAGAAGUUUUGAAAAUUCAAGAUUCAACAUUUUGCAGCCGACCAAAAUCUUUAGGCCAACAAAAACUUUCCUACAACAACUCCGACAUAAUCUUCUCACCAUACAAUGAGUAUUGCAAGGAGAUGAGAAAAAUCACAACCAUUCAUCUCCUAAGCCCUAAAAAAGUCCAAUCCUUUCGCCCCAUCCGCGAAGACGAGAUCUCUCGUAUGAUCUCGAAGAUUCGGGAAGCUUCCGAUGAAAAUCGAGCUGUGAAUAUGAGUGAGAUGGCUGUCUCACUCGGCAUUAACUUGAUAUGCAAGAUUGCCUUCGGCAAGGAAUGUCCUAGAAGGUUCGAUGAGCUUCUAGAAGAAGUUCAGGCCGUGGCCGUGGCUUUCUACGUGUCGGAUUACUUUCCGGCCUUCGGCUGGGUGGAUAAGCUCACCGGAAUGAUCGGAAGGCUCGAUUCCGCGGUGAAGAAGAUGGAUUCGUUUUAUCAGGAGCUCAUCGACGAGCAUCUUGAUCGGAAAAGAGUGAAGGAGGUGGAGGAAGAGGAUGGUGAUGUUCUUGAUGUGUUGAUUCAGCUCAAAAUGCAACACAAGAUUCCUUCCAUUGAUUUUGGAUGGGAUAACAUUAAAGCCAUGCUAAUGGAUAUAUUUAUAGCUGGAGCAGAAACAAGUUCAUCCGCAAUUAUUUGGACGAUGACAGCUCUAAUGAAAUCACCCAACAAUAUUAAGCAGAAAUUGCAAAAUGAAAUCAGAAGUUUAGUAGGAGAAAAGGGCAAAGUAGAUGAAGAUGAUUUGCCUAAACUUCCAUAUCUAAGAGCAGUAGUAAAUGAAAGCAUGAGGUUGUACCCUCCUGGUCCACUGCUUAUACCUAGAGAAACAAUAGAGAGAUGCACCCUAGAGGGCUACCAAAUUCAACCAAAAACAAUGGUUUUUGUGAACGCAUGGGCAAUUGCAAGAGAUCCCGAGUACUGGGAGAAUCCAGAUGAGUUCGUGCCUGAGAGGUUCUUGAACAGUGUAAAAGGGAAAGAUUUUGAGUUUCUUCCGUUUGGAGCGGGGCGAAGAAUGUGCCCCGGAAUGGCUAUGGGGCUUCUGAAUGUGGAGCUCACACUUGCAAAUCUACUUUAUAGUUUCGACUGGGGAUUGCCCAUCGGAGUUCAGACAGACGACGUGGAUACGACUCCUUCGCCUGGCCUCGCCAUGCAGAAGAAAACUCCGCUUCUUGUUGUGCCUAAAAAUUAUAUGAUGUUUAGUUCGGAAUAAUGUAAUCCUGCACACUUAGCAUGAACAAGUAAUGUUGUUGAUUUUGAGAUGAGGAUUCAUGGAUGUAGUAACUAGAAGGUGAUCACUAGGGUUCUUACGUCAUGUAUGAUGUUACAAAUGAGAUCUCAUGUCCCAUAUUUUAUUGUGUCACAUUUCACUAUUAA